AUGGGAUAUUUUGAUAAGGAAGUAGACGAUACAGAUGAAGAAAAUGAGGAUGAAAAGGACGAAGAGAACAAAGGAGAGGAAAAUAGUAGAAAUAAAGAAGGAGAGAAUGAAGGAGAAGAGAAGAAUGAGAGUAAUGAUGGGAACAGAAAUGAAAAGGAGGAGAAUGAAGUAGAAGAUAAAAAUGAUAAUAGUGAGUAUGGAAAUGAUGAUGAUAAUAAUGAGGAUAAAAAUGAUAAGGAGGAUUG